CAGAUGCCAUAACUCCGCCCCCACUCUAAUCUUUUACAUAUGAAGCCUGUACUGAGUACCUCAGUACAAUCAGAUGAACCUUUCUCCCAUCGCGGAAACUGAAUGAUAAUUGCAUAAAAAAAAACGAACUCCGUAAACUCAAAGGAUUAUCCGUUGAGAGAGAGAGAGGCGAAUGAAAGGAACCGUUGGCAACAUGACAUCAAAGAGCUGCCCAGAACCCCACGGAACUCAGUCUGCACGAACUACAUUAUUCAAACAGGAGAAAAAUAGGAAAACCUACAGAAUUCCAGCUCUUAUCUACAUCAGUGAUGGACAGACCUUCCUUGUCUUUGCAGAGGAACGCAGCACUCCUCGGGACAGUGAUGCGAAGUUGUUGGUCAUGAGGAGGGGUUCACCCCAGAAUGGAUCCCUCCAUUGGUCUCCUUCUCAAACGCUCUCUUCUGCCUGUUUGCCGGAACAUCGCUCUAUGAAUCCUUGUCCAGUCUAUGAGAAGAAAUCCAAAACCAUUUUUCUUUUCUUUAUCUGCAUAAUGGGUAAUACCACAGAGCUUUACCAGAUUAUUACAGGAAGGAAUCAAGCCCGGCUGUGUUACAUCACUAGUACAGACUAUGGCCAGAGCUGGAGCAAGGUAACAGAUUUAACAAAAAAUGUUAUAGGAGAUGAGAUUGGCAAAUGGGCUACUUUUGCAGUUGGACCAGGACAUGGCAUUCAGAUGAAAAACGGAAGACUAAUCAUUCCAGCUUAUGUUUAUUACAUACAUUGUAGAUGUUGGCCCUUCCAUUUUCCUCUCAAAGUCAGGCCUCAUGCUUUGUGCUUCUAUAGUGAUGAUUGUGGUAUCACCUGGCAGAUAGGAGGAAAAGUCCAAAUGAAUUCAUGUGAGUGUGAAAUGGCUGAGAUAAUAGACCAUUCUGAUCAGAGUCAUUUGUACUGCAAUGCUCGUUGUUCAAGUGGCUACAGAGUAGAGGCUUUAAGUGUGAGCAACGGAGCAGCAUUUGACAACCCUCAUUUUGCACAGAAACUUAGGGAGACCCAUUACGGCUGUCAAGGUAGUGUGCUGAGCUUGCCUUUACCAAAGCCAUCAGAUGAAGACAACAAGAAACAAAACAUUUGCUCAACACGAUUAGACACAAAGACUUGGCUACUCUAUUGCCAUCCAACUAAUAAAUCAAAGAGGGAAGAUCUAGGAGUUUACUUGAAUAAAUCACCCUUGAAUGCGUCUGGUUGGGGCCGGCCAUGGAUCAUCCAUAAGGGUCCCAGUGGAUACUCCGACUUAACGCAGUGUGAGGAGCACUUUGCUUGCCUUAUGGAGUGUGGUGAGAAAAGUGAGAUUGAGGAGAUAGCCUUUGUGCAAUUUGAACUUAGUGAUGUUAUGGAUGCUAGUGAUGAAAGUGCAAAUUAACUUCAAGUUUACCUCGUUUGUUAAAUUCACGAUUAGGAUUUGUAUCUUUAAUCAGUUGAGAAAAUACAGCUGCAUUUUAAACAAUUUAUUGAAAUUAUUCAUUUAAAUUAUUUGCCAUUUAUUUAAAGUUCCAAAAUAUAUUUAAAACAUGAAAGUUUUAUUAUAUCAUAUAAUUAAGCAGUUAUUGUGAUUUGAUUAUGCCUGUUGGUAUAAGUUUGGUAAGUGUAAUGGUCUAUGAUUUGCCAUGUAGUUAUGUUUUUGCACUCACAAAACAAAAUCUGAAUUAUUAACCAUAAUAGUAGUAUGGUGGUCACUCUUUAUUUUUACAAAGUCAUGUCUUUUAGCAUUGGAAUCCUCAAAUCAAGGCUCAAACUGUAAAUUCUGAAAUGUUACCAUUAGCAUUACUUCCUUUAAUCUUACCUUUGAAAGUCGAGUCUGGCUUGAGUCGUUAAUAUUAAUACAAAGUUUUUUUAUGAUUAUUUUCAAUAACUUAUUACAAACAGUAACUAAAUGAGUUUAAAAAGAUAUUGCGACAUCAAUUCUUAAUCUUAAAAAUAUUAUAAAUAUCGAUAUUUGGUGGUAUAAAUAUUCUUUAUACCACCUGCUCUUGGGGAGUACCUAAAAUGUAUUUUAGUGUUCCAUUUGCACUUUGGUGUGUUAAUUUUAAAUGUUAUAUUCUUGUAAAUAUCUGUUGCAUCUGUAAUUGCUACUGUUGUAAUUAAUGUAAACAUGGUUUAGUCCAAAGAAAUGCUGUUUUCAUGUAGUAUGUGCAGGCAGUUCCUUUGACCUCAUGGCUUGGUGUUUGCUCUAUGUAUUUUCAGCUGUGAGAACUUAUAUAGACAGGUGUGUGCCUUUUAAUAAUCACGUCCAGGCGAUUGAAUUUGAAUAUACCUGAGCUAAAUUUCAAGUGUCAUAGCAAAGGGUCUGAAUACUUAUGUCAAUGUGAUAUUUCAGUUUUUUUCUUUUUAAUAAAUUUGCUAUCAAAUGUUAUCAAAAAUCUAGUUUUUGCUUUGUCAUUAUGGGGUGUGGAAUGUAGAUUUGAAUUUUAAAUAUUUUAGCAUUAGGCUGCAACAAAACAAAAUGUGAAAAAAAAAAAAAACAAAGAGGUCUGAAUACUUUCUGAAUGCACUGUAUAGGGCCAUACAUUUUCACUGCACUGUUUCCA